CGCCAUCAUAUAAAAACGAUAUAUACAGAGUACAUGUAGUGCUUUAGGGUAUGUGCAUGCAAAUAAAAAAGCAAAGUCAAAUGCAGAUCAUCCUCUUUUUUGCUAAACUUCAACAAUAAUAACAUGACGGGAAGGGCCGAUCAGGGAAAAUACAGAAUCAACAUCGCGUAUUGGUGAAUGGACAAGAUUCUUCCUUCAUCACUGUCAAUCGAUUACCCGCUAGAAUAUUGUACAUUGCUUUCCUCCAUCAAUUCUGGCGUGUGCAUACAUCGGUCACCUCUCAUCAAUUCAAAUAACGUCUCUUAAUAUCAUUGACCGCCUUAACAUCAUCUUUCCCGGUCACUGCCCCCACAUCAACCUUCCGCACGACACAUCCCGAUCACAAUGGGAAAGCUAAGCAGAGCACAAAAAGAGGCAAAAGAGGCCAGACGAGCAGCCGCGGCAGCAGGGGGAGAAACACAAACAUCUCCCGAAACACAAGUGCAACCUCUAGCAAGUGCAUUGUCCACUAAUCAACCAACAAAAGCCUCAACAUCAUCUGCAAAACCAGCUACUAAAAUCGCUCCUGCUUCCGCCGACAUGAACGAUCGUGGAAGAUCAUCCGAGGCUAGGAGCUCUUCUGCCGUUUCUGAACGAGGUGGAUCAAAAUCGAGAAAAGCGAGGAAUGAAUCGGCAAUCGCUUCUACUAGUAUGAUGAUGGCUGGUUCUUCACCCGGAUUCGCAGCGAGUGAUGUCUCAACAUCAGACGAAGACGAAGAUGGAGAUAUGAGCACAUCAAAGAUGAACAUUUCACUAGCAGACGAACAUGCAGAUGCGGAUGAAGAGGAUGAAUUGGGAGAACCUGCAUCAUUAGGAGGCGAUAGUCCUGAAGUGAAAUGUAUGUGGGAAGAUUGCGGAGAGGUUUUUAAUAGUUUGGUCGAUUUUAUCAAUCAUUUACACGAUGAACAUGUUGGAAUGCAUAGAGCAAGAUAUGCAUGUGAAUGGUCAGGUUGUCCACGCAAAGGAAAAGCACAAACCAGUCGAUUUGCUCUUUUAAGUCAUUUACGAAGUCAUACGGGAGAAAAGCCAUUUACAUGUCCGAGACCAGAAUGUGACAAAUCGUUCACACGAUCAGAUGCAUUGGCAAAACAUAUGCGCGUUCAACACAAUAUCAAUCCGGUCACUUCUCGUGGAAAGACAUCAAACUCAGCAACUGCCACUGCGCAAUUAGGCAUGUAUGGCAGACAACACGGAAAGAAUCGAGAAGGUGGUGCUGCAGAAGAAGGAGAUUGGUUGGAUGAUGGCGCUGGAAGAGGAAAGAGUGCAGAUGUUUUGGGAGAGGAACUGUUGGAACUUGCAGAAGGCGAAACGAAUGGAUCGUUGGCAGAAGUGGAACAAUCUUUGUUGUUGCACGGAUCAAAGAGUCCUUUCUUCACGUAUGACAAUUUGUUUGGAACAGGAUCUCGAGCAUUGGCAAGUAUGAAUGGAGCCAGUAGUGCAGCAUUCCAUGGAAAUGAAAACUUUGCAGAUGAAGAACUUGGAAUUGUUCGAGAUCAGGAAUACAGUAUGGGUCUUUCGGCUACUGAUGACGUUCGUGAUGAAGAAGCCAUCACAAGAUCGGAAGAAAUGAUGGCAAAAGUGUUGGAACAAGGAAGACGGGAAUGGAUUAGACGUGAAAGAGAACGUGCAGAAUUACGACCUGAUCCUGAACCUAUGAUGUCUAAACGUGAUCAAAUUGAUUAUCUAUCGGAUGAUGAAUUUGAAGAUUCAAGGUCGUUCAAACGUGCAAGACGAUCAUCUACACGCGAAGCACAAAAGAAAGCACAAAGUAUCAGCGAUGUUGCCAAUCUGAAGAGGCUAUACAUCGUUGAAAAAGCCAAACUUCGAUUUAUUCAAGAAGAGAAUAAACGAAUGCGUGCUGGUUUGGAUGAUUUACGUGAAGUCGAAAAGAAGGAAUUCAACAAAAAGAGGGAUUUGUUAGAGAGAACGUUGGCAGCUGAGUUGGGACAAGAUAUUGCUGCGAUUUUCAGUCCACCUGGAUCUCCAAAUAGUCAUGCUAGAAGGUAGUAAAAUGGUAAUAGCAUGGAUCUAACAAUGUAAUCUGUAAUUUUACAAUGAACUGUAUAUCUCGGGAAAUGAAAUGUACCACACACAACCCCGACCCAAC